GGGGCGCUGCUGUCCCCGCCGGUCCCCGCCGGUCCCCGCAUCCGGAGGCUGCAAAAUGUCCCCGCGCCUCCUGGGCUGGCUGCUGUGCUUCGGCGCGCUGCUGUCGCCGGCCGCGGGCUACGUGCUUGUGAGCUCGGUGUCCUGGGCCGUCACAAACGAGGUGGACGAGGAGCUGGACAGCGCUUCCACAGAGGAGGCGCUGCCCGCAUUGCUGGAGGACCCGGGCGGUCUCUGGCAGCGCAGCUUCCCCGCCGCGGCGCACGAGGACGGUGCCCCCCGCGCCCCGCCGCGCCCCGCGCCCCCCGGGAUGUUCUCCUACCGCCGCGAGCGCCGCCCAGCGCCCCCCGCCACGCCCGCGCCCCCCGGGCCCCAGCCGCGCGCCCGCCUCGCCCGCUCGCUGGCCCACGCGAGUUCCUGGGCCUGCGUGGCCGCCGUGGCAGCGCGCGACAAGAUCCAGGGACUGCCGUUUGGGAGCUGCCUGCUCAUCAGUGAUGGUCCCUUCAACAACAGCACUGGGACACCUUUCUUCUACGUGACCGCCAAGGACCCCGUGGUGGCUGACCUGAUGAAGAACCCCAUGGCCUCACUGAUGCUGCCAGAGUCGGAAGGGGAGUUCUGCAGAAAAAACAUUGUCGAUCCAGAAGAUCCUCGCUGUGCCCGGUUAACCCUCACUGGCCAAAUGAUUACAGUGACUCCAAAAGAAGUCGAAUUUGCCAAGCAAGCCAUGUUUUCAAGGCACCCCGGGAUGAGGAAGUGGCCGCGGCAGUAUGAGUGGUUCUUUAUGAAGAUGAAGAUAGAACAUGUCUGGCUUCAGAAAUGGUAUGGAGGUGUAUCCAACAUUUCAAGGGAGGAAUAUUUCAAAGCAGUUCCCAGGAAGGCCUGAGGGAGUAAGAAGAAAGUCCUCAGUGUUUGCAGUAAAAUGAAGAUCUUUUAAUGACGCUAUAGGAAAGCUCCUGGCUGCUGUCUCUUAGUUGAGGGGUUCCUAACUGACUGAUAGUCCCUACAGCAGAAUGAGCGAGGGUAAACAGAAACCCUGUGCUAAACUGUGUUCCAAGGAGUCAUCUGCAGACCCCUUGUCCCGCAGAGACUCCACAUGGACAGUCUGCUUAUGUAGUGUUCAAUCCAGACUCACCUAGUUGGAAGUCAUUUUUGUAGGUUGUCAAAAUGGCACAUCAAGACUGUUGUUGUUCCUUUCUUUAAGAAAAAAAUUAUGCCUGUCAUACAAUGUGAUUGCUUUGUACUGUGGGAGCAUUUUUGUUGCUUGCUGUGCCAAAAGCAGUAUCUUGGAUCUAAGCUCACUCCAACCACAGAGGAGCUCAAUGUGCAUCACACAGCUGAAGUACUGUGUUUAAGGUGAGGCUGGAAGACUACGGUGGAUGACUUGCCAUACUUCUGCAUGGCCAAUGCAUUACUGAAUCAUGUUUGCUAGAAUGCAUUGGUCACUUACAAAGUAUCUUCCCCACUGUAACACGAUAAACAGCAUAAGAAUCUGCAGUUUUGUGCACAAAACUGUAUAAGCAGGCCAUGAGAGAACACUAAAGAGAGUGGAGUAGAUUUUGCAUCAAGCUUCCAAGAUCCCAGCUGCUCACAUUUCUGAGAGCUCCUCUCUUGCAUGCAUGAGGAGUGGCAUCUAAAAUAAGAACACCUCCUUGCGUGAUGUGCAGAGAUGUGAGAAGGUGAAACUAGGGAAGCAAAGGCAAUGUGUAAAAGUAGAUGGAAAGUAGUCUGUACCAAGGGCCUGAUCUCUGCCCAGCCCUGGGCCAGACCCUAAUAGACACUAUCUCAUUUAGCCCUGCAUCCAGUAAUGUGCUUGUCAUUGUCACCACUUAAAAGGAGACUGAGGCUCAGAGAGGGCAAGUCAGCAUCCCAUGGUCAAUCCCAUGGUCACACUCUGCAGCUCGCUGCACACAAUGGGUGGGUGGUACCUUCAGACCUUCCAGUUUUAAGAACAGAAGAAUUGCUAAAAUGCAUAGAGUCAUUGAACCAGAAAAAGCAGUAGAGUGAUUGUAGAAGAGAAUGACUAACCUGCCUGGACAUGAGCAUCACUGCUUUGCAGGGGGAGGGGGUCUCUGAAAUUUGGUUCUUACUACGUAUUUUAAAUUUUCUGCAAAUUAUUUUCUGGAGCUCCUGGUGUUUGCAAGAAACUAGACUGCACCAGUGUACACACUCAAGGCCCGCAUGUACCUCCGUGUGCAUAUCCAGGACUUCUUAUAAUAGAAAUCUACAAAGGAUCUAGUGGUAUCCAACUUUUCUGUCUUCACAGCAACAAGCUCUCUUUGGUGGGCUAUGUAUGUUAAAUAAUAUAACAGCAUAUCACUAAUAUAAGAAAUACACAUUCUUAAAAUAAGUGAAAGUGUUAUUAAUGAUUAUAUUUUAAUUUUUCUUAACAAAAUAAGACAUGAAGAGAGUUUGAGUUGUCAAAAUAUAUUUUAAGUGCCUAUUACUAAAAACAUAGUAAGAUGCACAAUAUUCUUUUAUUUGUCAUAGGCUCUCAAAAGAGUUCCUAACAAUUGCACUCUCUAAUGCAUAAGAAUAAGUCAACUCUUUGAGGGUAUUUUGUAUUUUCAGGCUUUAAAAUUAUUGGUAAACCCAAUUUAGAGGAUGGGGAGAAACUGGAAGAAUAAGCCACAAGCCCAAAAGUGCUCCAAAAGUCAACCUCAAACCUUAAGUCUUGGAGAAUUACUGCCUCCUGGUCCUGUCUUACAGAUAAUGCUGCUACACUGGGUUUGCUUUUAUAGUCAGUAAUCAGUUUCCCUUUCACUCAGUAAGGGUCCCUGAUGAUUCAAAGUGCUCCAAAGAGCGUCUUCCACUUAUAAUCACUGAUGAAUUUUGUCAGCUAUUUAUCCAAAUUACAGGAAGUGAAAUCAGAAAGGUUGGACUGUAAGAAGUGUUUAAAAUUCAUAGAUUUGAGUCUGAUGAGUCCCAUUCAGGCAAGAGUGUGUCUAGAAAUUUACAUUGAUUAAAAUUUUUAGGACUUUACUAGAAGUUCUAAACACAGCAAUAAGACAAGAAAAAGAAAUAAAAUGUGUAUCAACUGGAAAGAAAGAAAUAAAAGUAUCCCCAUUUAUAGGUAACAUGAUGGUCUACAUAGAAAUUUUCAAAGAAUCUACUUUUUAAAAAUCAAAAAGCCCCUAGCACUAGUAGGUGCAGCAAGGUCUCAGAAUACAAGAUCAGCACCCAAAAUUUACUCACAUUUGAAUGUUCCAGUAAUGAGUAUGUGGCGACCAAAGCUAAAAACAUAAUACCAUUUCUUAGCACUCCAAAGAAGAUGAAAUGCAUGGCUAUAUAAGCUUAACUAAACAUGCACAAGAUUUGUAUGCUGGGAACUCUAAAAUGCCAAUGAAAGAAAUAAAAAUAUCUAAACAAAUGAGAGAUACCAUGUUCAUGGAUUGGAAGGCACAAAAUAGUAAAGAUGUCUAUUCUCCCCAAACUGAUCUCUUAAUUUAAUGCAAUUUCUAUCAAACCCACAGCAAGGUUUUGCAGACAAAUAGAUGCUUAUUGUAAAAAUUAUAUUUAAAGGUUUGGGGCCGGGGAUCUAGCUCAGUGAUUCCACUGCCUGCCUUGCAGGCGCAAGGUCCUGAGUUCAAUCCCCAAUACCAAAAAAUAAAAACUAAAUAUAUUUCAAGGUUUGCAGGAUUUUGAAGAGUUAAAACAAUCUUGAAGGAGAAAUCAUUCCACCCAAUAGAAAGAUUUAUUAAAGAGCGACAACAUUCAAGACAAUGUUAUUAGUGGAUGCAUAAACAUGCAUUUAUAAAGCAGAAGCUGGGCAUGGUGGUGUACGCCUGUAAUCCCAGCACUCAGGAGGCUGAGGCAGGAGGAUUGCUUCAUGUUCAAGGCCAGUCUGAACUAUAUAGUGAGACCCUGUCUCAAGAAACAAACAAACAACAGCAACAAAAAACUGGACACAACCAAAUGUCUAUUAAUCUGGUGACUGGUAAAACACAUUGUGGUACAUCCAUGUCAUGGAAUACUACUCAGUCAUAAAAAGAAGCUAAUUGCUGAUACAGACAACAGCUUGGAUGCAUCUCCAAAGACCUGAGCUAAGUGAGGAAAGCUAACCCUAAAAGUUCACACGUUGUAUGACUCCAGUUAUGUAAUGUUUGAAAUGCAAAAUGAUAGAAAUGGAAAAUAAAUUAGAGAUUGACAAGGAGGAGGCUAGAGAACAAGAGAGAUAGUUUUGACUAUAAAAGGGUAACCCAAAAGAUCCUGGUAAUGAUGGAAAUAUUUGGUAUAACUGAACAAAUCAGUAUAAAAUUCUACUUGCAAAACUGUACUUUAGCAAGAUGCUACCUUGGGGAGAAACUGACUAAAAGGUACAGGGAGGGAGGGUGAUAUUGUUUCGGGGUUUUUUGGUACCAGGAAUUGAACUCAGUACCUUGUGCUUGCCAGGCAGGUGUGGUGCCACUGAAUUAAAUCCUCAGCCCUAUAUUGUUUCUUAAAACUGCAUGUGAAUCUAUAAUGAUCUACCACUAUCUCAGAAUCUACAGUUAUCUCAGAAGGAAAGGUUUAAUAUAAACAAGACUUAAGGUUUCGCUUAAAUAAGACAUUCAGUCUCUUUCCUCUCUCUCUCUCUUUCUCUCUCUCUCUCUCUCUCUCUCUCUCUCUUUCUCUCUCUCUCUCUCUCUGUCUCUCUCAUUGGUCCCUACAGAAAUGAAGAACUGCAGAAAACAGACAUUUCUUCUGUUAUCCAUGUAUAUAUACAUUUGUGGAACAGAUGUAAGAUUUCUGUUAAAGUUUUCUAAAUGUAUUUGAUUUAGUGUUGAGUGCCAAGUAGUCAGAAUUCAACAGGGGGUGAGGGUGUAGUUCAUCGGUUGUGUGCUUGCCUACCAUAUGUGAGGUCCUGGGUUCCAUCCCCAGCAUCACAUAAAAGAACUGGACAAAUCUGCCCUAUAUAUUUUACAUGGCACCCUUAGGAGAGGCAGAUGUCUUCAUCUGAUGUAGACAUGUUGAGUGAGCUUUAGGUGUAUAUAAGUAUCCAUGUCUUUAUAUAGUGAUUCUCCACUGAAGUUUAUACAAAGAACUAUAUUUCCAGUAAUCUUCCUCUAAGUAUUCUGGGAAACAGUUCUUUGUUUUCUGUGAAUAAACUAAUUACAGUAUAUCCAGCCCCCUAUGUCUUUAUUUACCGAGAAUGAACAUGUUUGUGAGACCAGUGUGUAGCUAAUUCUGCUGAUGCUUAUUUCCAGACACCUUGUUUCACAUUGAUUCCUUGUAACAGAGUUGUUUGGGAAUUGAAAUGUACUUCUAGUCUUUCCAAAAAGUCUGUAUUUCAUUCUUAGUACCUUAACUGUCAAACACUGUUUUAAACAAUUUAUUGACACUUAUUUGAUUGCUAUCUCAAGUCAAUUAUGAAAACUUUGAAUUGCAAUGACGUUACUGUUUGUACUAUGUAAUUCAUGCGUGUAGAGUUUAAAAUCUGUUUUCAGAACUAGAUAUGUCUCUUUCACCAAAGACUAUUUCAUUCUUGAUACGGUUUCUGUGCUUGAACAGUUUCUGUGUUUCAAUGAAAUUAUGAUAUUUAUGUAUGUAUAAUAUGAUAUUUAUAUAUAGUCAUUUCCUGUAAUGUUACAAAUAAACAUUAUUAGAUUUCUAAGAAAAUAGAAGGUA